AUGGCUGCAUUGGAACAGUCCUCUGUAAUGAGCAGAUUUUGUAGGAGAGAGAGAGAUAGAGAGAGGGAGAGCAUAAGAAGAAAUUGUGGGAGCAGGACAAGCAGGCGGGCAGGCUAUGCGUCAGCCCCUUCUCCACGGGGAAACAUGGAGAUGAGUAGGAGAUGCUGAAGAGUGAAGAAGAGAGCAAAACCAGAUCGUAUAGAUGGAUAUUAUCUCAUCAAGCAGGCGCACUGAAGGCAACCCACGCAGAGGAUAAACCACUUAUGGACGCAAUGGAUUAAAGACCUGCAGACAGACGGAGGGAGAAGGCGAAGGAGGAACACGGGCGGAACUAUUCAUCUAUUCACUUAUUUAUCAUCGUUGUGUGUGUGUGUGUGUGGGGAAAGCAAGAGACUGCAUUGCUGCUUGCUUGCACUAUAUGGGCAGAAAAGGAAAAUAGCAAAGAAUCCCCAUUCAUUUAUGUUUCUCCCUUAUUUUUUUCCUCAGUAUGUACUGCUUGGCUCUGUGCGUGUCUGCCAAGGCAAAAGUAAGCUAUAGAUUGACUUAGUUGUCUGAUGUAAUGAUGCUAUGCUUGAUCACCAAUAGUAGACUUGAAGACAAGAUUCACUGUCUGUGGGAGGAAGUAUUUUGUUUUGUUGUAAAUCGAUCCAACAGCAUGUUACAUACCUGUGCAGUUGAGGCCUCGGUCCUGAUUGUGGAAUCUUAAGCUUGGAGGCUUGAUGAGCUGCCAUUGGGGAGAGUUUUGUGCUCCACACACCGCAGAGGCGGCAGAGGAGCCAUAGUUAGAUAGGAGGCGAGUGAGUGGACUGUGUAGGCCUGCUCAUGGCAGGCUGCUCGAGAUUUCUCAUUGUUUCAUCUACUUCUGAGAGGGUAUAAUGGCACUGAUAGGACCCCCGUCCUUCUCUCUCAGCGCUCUCAGGAGCAGGCAAGUUGUGAGUUGGUGCUACAAAAAACCAACAAGGAGGAUGGUGUGAACUUUUCGGCAGGCAAUCCCUGACGGUGCUGUGCAAGGCAAUCUUGUUUCUAUUUGUUCUGUUUGCAAAGCUUACAUCAUCUGAAAAUAGAGGCCUGCGUUGAACUGAGUGGGAGUUUUCUCCCUCCUGCUCACUCCUUCCAGUUUUUUUCCUCCUCAUCCGACCUCAACCUCAAACCUCAGCUCCAUGGACUGAUCCCUAUAGCACCAACCUGUCCUCCUUCCUUCUCCCUCUCUUUUCUUUUUCUUUUCUUUUUCUUUUUGUCGAGGCUUCAGGUGAAUUGCCGAGACCUGUUUCAUGCAUGUCCACUGGAGGCAGAUUCAACUUUGACGAUGGGGGGUCAUACUGCGGCGGGUGGGAGGAGGGCAAGGCGCACGGCCACGGGAUAUGCACGGGACCCAAAGGCCAGGGCGAGUACUGUGGGUCUUGGGCCCAUGGCUUUGAGCUGCUGGGGGUCUACACUUGGCCCAGCGGGAACACUUACCAGGGCACGUGGGCGCAAGGCAAGAGACACGGAGUUGGUGUUGAGAACAAGGGUAGAUGGGUCUACAAGGGGGAAUGGACGCAUGGCUUUAAGGGACGCUAUGGUCUUCGGGAGAGCACCGGGAUGAGUGGGAAGUACGAGGGAACAUGGAACAACGGGCUCCAAGACGGAUACGGCACUGAGACAUACUCUGAUGGAGGCACAUUUCAAGGCCAGUGGGUUGGUGGGAUGCGGCACGGCUACGGUGUUCGGCAAAGUGUCCCAUAUGGCAUGGCGGCUGUUAUCCGCUCCCCUCUUCGUACUUCCAUCAACUCCCUUCGCUCUAGUUCGGAACACAGUAACGGUACAGCUCUACUUGACCGGACCGGUGCAGUGGUUCCUGUUCCGCCGCCUGUUCCUGGUACCUUGUCCACCAGCGUCUCCAUGUGCAGUACUGGAAGCAGCGGCAGCAGUCCUGCAGUGUCUCGAGGGGGCUUUGUACUGACGGCACACAGUGAAACUGAGCUUCUAAAGGGGAAACGGAAGAGUGGGCUGUUCAGGAGGUCAAUUCUGUCCGGGCUUAAACUGAGGAAGUCCGAAUCCAGGAGCUCUUUGGCUUCUCAAAGGUCGAAACAGAGCUCAUUCAGAAGUGAAGCUGGGAUGAGUACUGUGUCUUCAGCUGCCUCUGACAUCAACUCUACCAUCAGCCUUGGAGAUGCAGAUGCAGAGCUGGCAGUAGCUGAUGAUGAUGUGGACGCCACAGCAACAGAAACCUACUGUGGAGAGUGGAAAAAUGACAAGAGGACUGGAUUCGGAGUGAGUCGGCGUUCCGAUGGUCUACAAUAUGAGGGGGAAUGGCUCAGCAACAAACGCCACGGCUAUGGCUGCACUGCGUUUCCUGACGGCACCAAAGAGGAGGGCAAGUACAAGCAAAACAUUCUCGUGAGUGGAAAGAGGAAGAACCUGAUCCCGCUCCGGGCCAGUAAAAUCAGAGAAAAGGUGGACCGAGCCAUGGAGGGAGCACAAAAGGCAGCAGACAUCGCACGCCAGAAAGCGGAGAUUGCUCUGUCAAGGACGGCUCACGCACAGGGUAAAGCAGAAUCAGCUGUUGGAGCAGCUCAGAAAGCUCAAGAGGAGAGUCGCAUGGCCAGAGUCACUGCCAAGCAGUUCUCCCCAUCCUUCCAGCACCCUGGAAACGGAAUGGAGGUGCAACGCCCCAAGUGUCAGGUAUCCAGUGAGGUUGAGGCUGAGGGCUUGUCCAGUAGCGCUGGAACGGCAGACAGCCCCGACCUCUACGUGAGGAGCACAGGCUCAGAUGAGCCUUCCAACGCCACACCAGAUCUCAGUCCUCCUUCUUCCUCACCUCCUCACAGUCCUCCUGCCUUAAUUCGGCCCUCCCAGCGCAGUAAAAGUGCCCGCUUUCACCGGCAGACUGCAGUAGACCACGGGGACAGGGGAAAAGAAGGUGCAGAGCGGGGUGAGAAAGAAGGGCCUGGGGGGCACACAGAAAUCCAGGUGUUGAUAGAAGGGGGUAGUAGGGAGGUUGAAGUUGGAGGAGGUAAGGUGGAGUACAUGCGGGCAAAAAGCUGGAGUGAAGAAAAGAGAAAAGGGGUCUUGCACAAAGGUGGAGGAGGGCUUAGCGGACAAGGAAUGAGCAGGACCAAUGGACACAAACACAGCUCCUCCAAUCACAAAUCUCGGGACCAUGGAUCAUCUAAUCAUAAACAAGCCAGGGGAGACAGAUGGACAGAAACAUCCUCUUCUGCCUCUUGGACGUCUGGGCACAGGGGGUUGCACGGCAGGGGAGGGCGGCUUCUUGAGCAGGAUGAAGAGAAAAUUAGCAAUUAUGAAAUGGAGAUGAAGCCUUUACAGCCCAGAGACUCCACGACCCACAAGCCCCAUGGGCACGGGGAGGAGAAGCACGGGCACGGUCAUUCUUACGGAGAGGGGCGCUCACACACAUUGCAGCGACCGAGACAUAAGAACCGAGAUGGGAGGGAAGGAAAAGAGGGCAGGGAAGGAAAAGAUCAGCUGGAGAGCGUACGGCCGGGUGAUAAGAUGGAUUCUCGGCCUAUACGACGGGACCUCGCCCUCUCGCCCCCUCUGAAAUCCUCUCCCAUCGCACCUGAGCCACAAGAUCAAGGUCUCAUACAGCGCAAAGGCCACUCAGCCUACAGCACUAUCCUGGUUGCCGUGGUGAUUCUUCUCAACAUUGGAGUGGCUAUUUUGUUUAUUCACUUUUUUAUUUAAGAAUAAUAGCAUUGUUUUUGGAAUGAGCCUAUCAUGCUACAACUAUAAAUAUCUAUAGUUAUUGUGAGAGAGCUGCGGUCUCCUAGAGUUCCUGGAAAAUGGACUGCACCCCACUGAAGUGGACAUUUUGGUCUAAAAGAUUUGAGCUGAAGACGGCCAAUUUGUUCACAUCUCAGUCCAGCUACCAUGAGGGUGAGACAGCUGUCAGAGCCCGAUGACGUGGAUAUAAGAUGGGUAGACAAGCCUAAAAAAACGGGGAGCAUGAUACGGUACGGUAACUGGACUAAAGUGAGCUUCAGUAGUUCACAUAUUGACUGAGACUGGUCUGAUUCCCAGGCCAGGGCAUUAUAGCAAGUAAUGCCUGCUUCCACUGUCUGAAGACAAAAUAUAUACCUUUUACAUUUUCAAAUCAUAGUUUACAACAGAUUUAUAAUAUUUAUUUGUGAACAUUUUCUCUCAUGUAUAAUAUGUUGAUGGGUACAGUAUGUUAUUUAUUUUGUAAGCCCUUCACUUGACUCAAUGAGUUUUUUGGUUCUUCCGCCUGCCCCGGUCUUCUUACUGAUGUUGUAUUUCUUUAAUCUUUGUCAGGGGAGACAAAUACAGAGACUGAAUCACAGCACCACAUAGACACAGUUUUGAGAAGCUCCCUCUCCAUGUACCCUGGGCAUGCACACACACACACUUGGCUUGUUUUCCAUCCCACUUCAUCUGCGUGUGAGUAAAGUGCAUGACUGUGGUGUGCCCCCACAAAGCCAUUGUAUGUUUGCAUUGAGCCGAGAGAAAACGUCUCAUGAGGACAUGCUCUGUACUCAUUCACAUCCAGCCUACCACCAUUUUCCGGCGGUGAUGCUCUCCCCUUCUUUCCCACCUACUCUUUCCCACCUCCACACAUACCAGUCUUUGAGCUGUGCUUCCUCUGAGUUGGUGGUAGUUCAGGACAAACCCUUCUUGGCAUAGCCUAAAAUCAACAGGUAGAUAGAUACAACUGCCAGAGGCUUUUAGAGAAAAUAUUUAAGUGUGUGCACCAUUGUAUAUCUAACAAUAUAAAAUCCAUCUCAACCGACUUUUGCAAAUGGCAGGGUACAACCAGAACUUGUUACAAUGAUAUACGCUACUCACAGACUGCGAUAUUUGGGUUUUGAGUAAAAUUUCAGAAUCAUUCUAAAAUAAACUGAAUUUUGUAGUACUGUUUUUUGGACUAUAAGUCGCAGCACCCCAAAAAAAUGCGCAAUAAAGAAGAAAUAAGCAGAAAUGUGUCCCAGCACACUACAGGCUGAAGGCUGGGGCGAAUGCCCUCUACUGGCUAACUCGUAACAUAGGCCUUGACAAGCCUUCAUCCUGUAAAAAAGCAUAUUCGGUAUUUUUCGUACUAUAAGUCGCACCUGAUCAUAAGUGGCACCAGCCAAAAAAUGCGCAACGAAAAGGCAAAAAAAACCUAUAUGUCACACCGGAGUAUAAGUCACAUUUUUGGGGGAAAUUCACUGGAUAAAAUCCAACACAUAGAACAUAUAUGUCAUCUUGAAAGGCAAUUUAAAAUAAAAAUACAAUAGAGAACAAUAUGCUGAAUAAGUGUACAGUAUGAUAAUGUUACAUGAAGCAUGAACAGCGAAAUGCGAACGUGCCCGGUAUGUUGACGUAACAUAGCUAUUAAGAGUUAUUCAGAUAACUAUAGCAUAAAGAACAUGCUAACAAGUGUCACACAUCAGUGUCACUCCAAGACACCAAAAUAACAUGUGAAAUGAUAUAAUAAUGUGUUAACAAUUUAAGUAUAAUUCACACCCCAGCCAAACUAUGAAAAAAGCUGUGAUUUAUAGUCCCCCAAAAAAUUGGUAUACAUCGCAUUGGUGUAUAAUAAGCAUUUUUUGGGGUAAUUUUAUUUUGACAUAAAACAAGAACAAACUUACAUCAUAAUAAUAAUGACACAAUGUAAAAACAAAAACAAAAAACAGGCUGAAUCAGCUUCUCUAAAUAUAUUGCAGUUUUUCUCAAUUGCUUUGGUAAGUUUUUCAGAUCAGAAUCAGAAAUUAUCAAAACUACUUCUUCAAUCCUCACAACAUGUCGCAAAAGUAGCAAUAUAACAUGGAUUACCUGCAAAAGCCAGUUUUUUUGUGCAAAAUACUUAAUCCAUCGCUCAAAAUUAAAUUUCUCUGCCAAUGAACAUGUCAGUGCUGUCAUAAUUACAACUCCUUGUUUCAUUGUGUAGAGACAAGACAGUUGCUUAGUCAUGCUCUCAAUUGAACAGUUACUCUGGUGAUAGGCUCUGAUGCUGAAGAUGGUGUACGUAAGUUUUGAUGAAAAUUGCAAGUUGGACCUUUGUGUGAGGGAGAUUGAUUGGAAGAGACUGGACAAGAAUCAGUUUACACUUUUACUGUUUUUACAAUUUCUUGACAGACCAUGUCACUGCGAUACAGAAAGCAAAAGACAGCACUGAGUAUCACAAAGAAAAAUGCUAGCAAAAUUAGAAACGUGAACAUGAGACAAUCGGCACAACUAAACUUUGAGUGCUACAUGUUGGGAUUAUUUUCCCCAUCCUUUCUGCACGUCUUGACAUUCCUCCCUGUUGGGCCACAAAUUUUCACCUAUGUCACGAUGGCUGUCCUCUCUUGCUAUACAGCGUGGAAAGAAUCUUCUUGAAUGCCUUAUCCAGUCUCUGCAGGCAUCUGCUGUGAUGACUGCAUGCUGCAUUCAUGGCAUCCAGAAGAGUCAUCUGAGUGUGGCUGGCGAUCAUACACUUGCCAUCCCCAUGUGGAGAAAAAUUCUUCAAUGGGAUUGAGGAACGGGGAGUAUGGUGGGAGGAACUCCAUUACCUUUCUGUUGUGGGUUGCAAACCAUUCCCUGAUUAUGUUGGAGUGGUGGAAACCCACAUUGUCCCAAAUUAUAACAAAUUUUGGCAGUUUAAAAUAAAUUACGUAAAAUAAGUAACGAAGAUGCUUAGAAAUAAGCACACACAUGUUGACAUAUUCUGGCAACAAGUUCAUCUAUUUUGCAUGUAAAGACUUAUGCAAUGACGUAAUGACUAAAUGUUGUGGGUGGUGAGACUAUUCAAUAGAGACCCAUGAUCGUCCAUUUUGACCAUCAUGACAGAUGCAACUGAUAAUGUAGGAAACAGCAGAGAAUUAUACAAAAUCAUUUGCAUUGAGGCACAAAAACAUCUGCAACCUGCUUUAAGAAAUGAGAAACUGCUUUUUUGAUGUGCACUAGUGAUACGAUGUUGUGAUGAUUGAACAAGUAGAUUUGAGAAUUUUGAUUCUAAUCUGAGAAACGUACCAAAGCAAUUGAGAAAAGCUGUAACAGUUAUUCAGAUAGCCUAAACAACACAACCUAACAUAAUUACUAACAAAUUCCUUUGUCUUAUUUUCCUGUCCCCUGGUUCUGUAUGUGAAAAAAUAUAUACAGUAUAAGUCACACCUGAGUAUAGGUCACAUGCUCAGCUAAACUUUGAAAAAUUGUGAUUUAUAGUCCAGAAACUACAGUAAUUGCUGUUCUCUGACCGAGACAUAAUCAGGUGUUUGAUCCAAUUAUUGACCAAUAUAUUUCCUUGUUCAUUUAGUAUUGGUAUUUAAAAAGUCCUUUAGAACUUAGAUGCUGCCCAGUUUUUGCUUGGUCCAAAAUACAUGUUAUAGCUUUUUAAAGGAGGGAGCCUUUUUAAACCAAUGCCUGAGAUGCUGUGUUGGGAAAUUCCAAAACACCGAUGCAGAUAAUUUUAAUAAAAAUAGAAAAUGAUUGCACUUACGGCAAACAAAAGUGGAUGAGUUGACAAAAGACGCACAUCUUCAGAUAUUUGCAGGUAGGUACAGAGCAAGGAUUGAUGGGUGUUAAUGACAUAUUUGAAGAAGAAUAUAAUCUAAUAGAUUGAAUAUUUUCCAUUCCAUUUCCACUGGCUCAUUCAGCAAGUGAAACGGGUAAAUGAAGUCUGAAAAUAAUGAAAAUAAUUCACUUAAUAGUGGUAGGGUCAAUUCUAUCGUUACAACAUAUGAGAAGACAAUCAAAAUGACCUAUAUAACUGAACGCAUUAUAUAAUGCAAAUAGGGUUGCUUAAAAGUUGGUGGGGACAAUUUGAGCAUCCUGAAAAGUUGCGAGUGUUUUGUCCCUACCGUCCCUAAGCAAACCUACGCCCUUGUAUGUCAGACAUACCUUCUCUGAUUAUCCAAAUAUUUAAUUGAAUUCAAAGAUCCUGAGUUAAACUACAGUAAUUAUAUAGAAUCUAGUGAAGUAAGAUGGAAUAGCAAGUUUUUGUUGGUUGGUCCCAUGUUAACAUGAAGACAGUUUUCCCAGGCAGUUUCAGCAAUAUUCAUUUUUAAUUUAUUCUAUUAAAAUAAGUUUCCAAAUGACUUUAGUUGUAAUUACAUCACUUUUUUCCUGCCUAGUCAAGCUAUGAUGUUGACGUAGCAGUUGAGAGAGAAAUGAAAGAAUACAUAAUAUGUAACAUACAGUAUCUGCCAAAAUAAUAGAGUUGGGCUUGGGAUAAUAGUCAAAUCUGUCAGGUGAACAUAUACUGAAUAUUUGUUGGUUGUGCUCCGCUUAUCAGCUAAAAUACCAUGGCUGAUUUUUUUUGUCUCCCAGCCCAGUACUGGGUGAUGGUAUAGAUUGCAGGCCUGUUUAAAUGUUGGAGUGGAUAUUAUCUAGUAGGUUUUACCCUCGUGUGGCACACUUUAUGUGUUGAUGGAAUCUGGGGAACACUUAUUAAAUCCACAUGACUGAAAUCCCCUGCUACUACGUGUACUGCCUCUGGAUAUUUAUUGAGUAGUGCGCUAAUGGCAUUAUGUAGUAGGAUAAUAGGCUGCGUCUAGAGCUAUAGACAUAAAACUGCUGAUCAAAACAUGGUGGGAGGGGAAAAGGUUUGGCAUUUACUCUUUACAAAAUAUCUAUUAAGGAUUCAAAGUCGUUACAGUAGUGGCUAUCUACCGACUGGAAGUCACAGAAAGGGCAUAUAUGUGGACAUCCUUGGAAAUGUAUUGGUCAAUCAAUGAAUCUAAUGCCUAUUGUGAAUUUUGUUUAGCUCCUUGUUAGUUGAGAGUACAAAGGAGAGUAUGUUGUGGAAAAAAAAAAACAUUAAACACUAAGCUGUUGAAUUUGUGCAUUCAAAGCAUGUACAGUGUAUCACGAAAGUGAGUACACUCCUCGCAUUUCUGCAGAUAUUUAGUUAUAUCUUGUCAUGGGACAAC